CCUAAAACCGGCAAGAAGUUGUGCUUCGUCUUCUCCUUGACAUUGCUUGCUCUCAUUCAUAUAUUCAUAAUUGUUCGUCCAGCCUUAGUACUGUAUAUCUUUACUGUGCUUUUUGUGCUACUAUUAGCAAUUAGGAUACAGAAAUACAUAAGAAAGAAAUACUGUCUUUUUCUGCUAGGCAUUUGCUAUAUUGUCAACUUAAUUUCACUAAUUUUUGUCUGGUACUCAAUGUAUAUGCUAAACAGGUUUUUGCCACAGUCCCAUGUUCUUCAACUAAUUCAAUUUGGCUUGGCAAACGGCCCAGUGAUUGUUGGCGGGAUAUUGUAUCGCAACGCUUUUGUUCUCCACAGUGUUGAAAAGAUGACGUCCGUAUUUAUACAUGCCCUUCCUUCACUUUUCUCAUUCUGGUAA